AUGUUUGAAGCAAGACUCUUGAAGAGUGGCCAGCUCAAAAAGAUUUUGGAAGCCAUUAAGGAACUAUUAAAAGAAGCGACAUUUGAUUGUUCUGAUUCUGGGAUUCAACUUCAGGCCAUGGACGACGCCCAUGUCAGCUUAGUAUCCAUGUGUUUGAAAAGUACUGGUUUUGAUAAGUUUCGCUGUGACAGGAACUUGUCAAUGGGCAUCAAUCUAGAAAGCAUGGUGAAAAUCAUGAAAUGUUGUUCUAAUGAUGACAUUAUGACUAUUAAAGCUCAAGAUAAUGCAGAUACUCUCACUAUUAUGUUUGAGACAUCAAACCAGGAGAAAAUGUCAGACUAUGAAAUGAAACUCAUGAAUUUGGAUCAAGAACAUCUUGGUAUACCUGAAACAAAUUAUUCUUGUAUAAUUAAGAUGCCUUCUACUGAAUUUGCAAGAAUUUGUAGAGAUUUGAGUCAGUUUGGGGAAUCUGUUAUUAUUGCUUGUACUAAAGAUGGUGUAAAAUUCUCUACUUCGGGUGAUAUUGGAUCAGCUAAUGUCAAACUUUCGCAAAACUCGUCAAUCGAUAAAGAAGAAGAAGGAGUUACCAUUGAAAUGCAACAAGCUGUAUGUUUGACAUUUGCUUGUCGUUACCUGAAUUUGUUUUGCAAAGCAGCUCCAUUAUCUCCACAAGUUAUUCUAUCAAUGUCUGGAGAUGUCCCAUUAGUUGUAGAAUACCAAAUUGAAGAGUUGGGUUAUAUCCGGUAUUAUUUAGCACCUAAAAUUGAAGAAGACGAUUAA